AUGAACUAUAUUGCAUUUGAGGAGAUAAAAAUCUUUAUUAAGGAUGCUUUUUCUCUUGACGUUAAGCCUAUAAGCUAUCCUGAUGAUUAUACAUUAAAACAAUUAUUUUUACUUGCUAGACAUGACCAGAUUGCAGGUUUUGAUAGAAUUGAUAAAGCAUUUGCAAAUGUUUCCGUAGCAAAAGAUUGGCCUAAACAUCCUUUCACCGAAGAAAAAAAUUUUCGAUUAACUACUAGAGGUAAACUCGAACCUUAUUAUCUUGGCUUACAAUCUCGUAAAAAAUAUGAAAAAUUUUGGAAAAAUGUCGAAUACGACGCUGAUAUUGUAAAAUUUCAGACUACCCAAAAAUUAGAAGUAUUACAAAUUGUGAUAGCUGAAACUAAUAUUGUUGAAGGCCAUGAUUAUAUUUUACAAAUGUAUAAUGCUUGUCCACGUUGGAACCAGACAGUUGCAAAUAAUUUUACACAUUAUAUAGAGCAAAGUUAUGCUUAUGGUAAUAAGACUUUAGCACCAAUAGCAGAAAGGAUGUCCAAAAAAUACGAUAUCAAUCCACCUCUUGAUCCAAGUUUAUUACCAUAUAUGUUUUAUUAUUGUCAAUUCUGGGUCCUUCAAUUUAAUCGAACCGAUACUUGGUGUGGACUACUAAGUGAUGAUGAUCUUAUAUUAGCUCGUUAUUAUUGGAAUAUGAAAAGUUAUUUUCAAUAUUCAUAUGGGAAUCCUCUUAAUGAGCAAUUAGGCUGUGCCUACGUUACACAAUUUGUAAAUAGCGUUGAGGAUUACUUAAACGGAAAAUCUCGGAUGGUAGCUGAUAUGAAAAUGGGUCAUGGAUUUACUGAGUUUGUUGUACUUACUACGUUGGGUUUAUUUAAAAAUGAAUAUCCACUUACAGCAGAUUUAACUCUUGAACAAAUAAAAGGCUUAAAAUAUAUAGAACAAAAAGAGUUCUAUUGGGCUUCUACUAUAUACUUUGAAAUUUAUAAUUCUACUUCUCCAGGCAAAGAUGCAUUAUUGCGACUUGUAGUUAAUUCUGAACCAUAUAUAAUUCCGGGUUGUGAUGGUGAAUAUUGUAAAUGGAACAAAUUUAAAAAUAUUUUGAGUAGUAAGAUUAAUUGUGAUUUUGAAAAGUU